AUGUUGGCGAGUAAUCACCUCAAGCUUUGGGGCAUAAUCCUCAGUGUCACUUCUGUGCUGGCCGUUCCAGUCGUGGUUGAGUCACUGAGUGAAACACCCGCCGACUGGGAGGAAUCCGGUUCUCCUGACCCCGAAAAGCUUGUUGACUUCUCGAUUGGCCUUGAGCCUGAGGAUAGUCAACUUCUUGAUCGCAUCAUCUACGAAGUCUCCGACCCUGACCAGGCUACAUACGGCAAAUUUCUUUCUCGAGAAUCCGCCAAAGCUCUACUCAGCCCUUCUCGCAAGGCCACCGAAUCCGUCAAGCGCUGGCUCUCUGAUGCUGGAGUACCUGAACAUCAUGUACGUGACGAAGGAGAGUGGCUUCAUGUACGGACCACCGUCAGCAAGGCCGAAGGCAUGUUGAGCACUCGCUUCUCUGUCUACGCUCGCGAUGAUGAACGUAUUUUGAGAACCAGAGAAUACUCUGUUCCCCUCGAGAUCCGCCAUCACAUUGCAUCGAUUCAACCUACCACAUUCUUUCCUGCCCUUCAUAAAGCUCGGGGUAUCCAAGAGCCUGCAUCCGAAAUUGUGAAGCGAGGCGUAGAAUACGACAAGAAGCCGAAAUCACCCAAAGAUGGCAACAAUGGUGGCCCUGGACCAAUCAAUCUGAAGAAGUGUAAGAAUGAGCUUACACCUGCCUGCAUUAAGGAGAUUUACAAGAUGCCAAAAGAUUACUCGAAGGCUGCGAAGGGUUCUUUGUAUACGAUUGUCAGCUUCAACAACAUGACCUCGCAAGUCGACGAGCUACAGGAGUUCUUUCGUCGCUUCGGUCCCAAGCUUGAGGGCGUUGUGUUUUCUAAUGCCUCUGCCGCUGGAGGAACUAAUCCGCAAGGUGAUAAUGUUCCCGAAAGUGAAGGGAACCUGAAUACUCAGCAGGCUAUCUCUUUGGCUCACGGAGUCCCAGUACAACAUCUAACUGUUGGGGGCUUUAAUUACGACUUCAUUCCUGACCUUGAUUUACAAAAGGUGCCAGGCGACAAUCUCCGAGCUAUUGAGAACUGGCUUGGACUUGCGGAGUAUAUCUUAAAUCUUCCUGAUAAGAAGCUCCCUCAAGUCUUUUCAAUCUCAUACGGUGAAAGGGAGCAACAUAUACCCAAGCAAUAUGCCCGCCAGGUCUGUAACAAGUUUGGACAGAUUGGCACGCGUGGUGUUUCGAUUUUGGUAUCAUCUCUCAAUGAUGGUACAGGUGCUGCAUGCCAGUCAAACGAUGGAAAGAAUACAACCAAAUUCACACCGGCAUGGCCUAGUGUUUGUCCAUACGUGACAUCUGUCGGUGGAACGAUGAGCAACACCCCGGAGACAGUUUGGAAUGACCCCGAAGAAGAAUUAUCUGGCGGCGGCGGCUUUUCAGAUGGCUUCGCACGCCCACAGUACCAAGACAAGAUUGUGAAGGACUAUUUGAAGAAAUACGGCAAGAAAUGGAAGCCUUACUUCAACCAGAACGGGAGAGCAUACCCAGAUGUUUCAGCUUUUGCGGACGGCCAGCCGGUGAUGGUUCGUGGCCAACAGAUACGCGGGGGAGGGACAAGCGCAGCAACUCCUGCAUUUGGCGCUGUUAUUGCCCUCCUCAAUAAUGAGAGAUUCAAGAAGGGAAAACCUGCGAUGGGAUUUCUCAACCCUUGGCUCUACAGCAAGGGCUAUGCAGGAUUCACAGAUAUCGUGGACGGAAAGAGCGGAGGUUGUUUUGGGGUUAGCAGGGAGGGUUUGCCUUCGCCUAAGAUCCCCAACGCUGGCUGGGAUGCUGUCAAGGGGUGGGAUCCUGCUUCAGGCUGGGGAACACCACGAUACGACAAGUUGUUGAAGCUAGCUAUAUAG